AUGGGAAAGUUCAAGGUGCCCUCAUGGUUGCAAACGCCUGCUGCUCCCGCAGGCGCGGGCCCGGAAGUAGCAAAAAAGAAACAGCAUAGGCGGUCCUUUACCACCUUUACGCAGCAUCUUCGACAGAAGCCAGAAUCUGCUGCAUCAUCAACGCCGACCAUCGUCGAGGCCGCGUCAAAUACCGGAGCCUCCCGCUUGUUGGCGUUGGCAAGGCUGAUCACGGCCGAGACCGAGAAGUUGGAUGCCUACCUGAGGAAGAACGAGACACUGCAGCCAGGAUUUGGAGUCGACGCACCCGCAGAUUUUCCUCCACUGCCACCUGAGAUUCAACGAAGCCGCCAAGCAAUCGUUCACGCGAGCCAAGAGCUAGGCUCUUUGGUCAGAGGGCCGCGAGAGAGUGUGCGAUGGAGCGUCUGGAGUUUUUUGGACACGCUUAGUCUGGAAAUCAUCAAUCACUAUGACAUUGCCAAACAUGUGCCGGUUGAUGAAGCCAUCUCUCUCGCAAAGCUACAGGAAAAAACGACACUAGAUCCUAUAAACUUGGCGCGCGUGCUGCGUCAUGCCAUGACGAACCGCAUUUUUUGCGAGCCAAAGCCGGGAUUGAUUGCCCACACUGCCUCGUCACGCCUGCUGGCAGAGGAUGCCGCUCUGCAAGAUUGGGUCGGUUUCAACUCGGAAGACAUUUUCCCAGCUGCCGCAAACGUGCUCAAGGCUCUCAAGACGUACCCUGAAGCUACCUCUCUCGCCACCACGGGCUUCAACUUUGCGUUCGACACGGUAGAGAGGGAGCCCAUGUUUGUGACCUUUGGCAAAGACAUGGCGCGUGCAAAGAGGAUGGGCGGAGCCAUGGCCAGCUUGACAGGAGGCGAAGGGUACCAGAUCAGCUAUUUCGUAGACAACCAUGACUUUUCCGAGGUCAAUGAGCGGGGAGGAACGUUUGUCGAUAUCGGCGGCAGUCACGGAUUCGUGUGCGUGGACCUGGCCAAGAAGUGGACCAAGAUGAAGUUUGUCGUCCAGGAUCUUCCCAAAACCGUGAACAGCGCACCAAGGCCCAUCUGCGAGGAUGCGUCCGUGGCGGAAAGAAUCCGGUUCGAGGCGCACGACUUUUUCAGAGAGCAGCCAGUGAAGAAUGCAGACGUAUACUUUUUCCGAUGGAUCCUACACAACUACUCUACCCCGUAUGCCAUCAAGCUCCUAAAGAACUUGGUGCCUGCGCUGAAACCUGGCGCGCGCGUGGUCAUCAACGACCACUGUCUCCGGGAGCCCGGUUCCGAGAACCCCUGGGACGAAAAGUUGAUACGGAGCAUGGAUCUCAUCAUGCUGAGCCUGCUCAACGCGCAAGAGCGCGAGGAGCAAGAAUUCAAGGCAUUGUUUCAAGCUGCAGAUGAGCAAUUUGUCUUUAAGGGAGUCACCAGGAUGCCGGGCUGCAGGAUGAGUGUGAUUGAGGCUGUGUGGGAGCCAGCAGAACAUGAAGCCAACGACGGCGUGACGGCGUGUUGGGGCAUGGCGGAUAAUGGCGCAUCACAAGCUGGCACAGCCAAGCUUGACUGA